AUGCAAUCCGCCAAAUUCAUCAAUGUGGACCUCGAGGAUGCUGGAGGUUUUCAGUGUCUCCGACACAGACUGUACGAGUCCUUGGGGCCAUCUUUCUGGAAGGAUCAUGAAGUAUCCAAACUUAUUCAGUGGGUACGCACUGUCGAUGUCAUCCACGACUGGCUUGAAGGAGCAAAAGAGCAUUACGGCCGGUUCAUACAACAACAAAACCGAGAGACGGAAAAGUUUCAUCUGCCCGACAGCUAUAUCCACGAGAAAUUCGGGGAAGUCUACAGACGUCUCGGUGCUAUGGGCCCUUACCUUCCGAGGAUAUUACGGAAUGGAACACAUGCUGGGCGCCUCGAAGAGGUCACCAGACGGAUUGCUGAUGAGCUUUGGAGCGGCAACUUCUAUUGGUUGGACUGUUUUUCAGAGCUGAUCAAUGCGGUGCUUUUGGAUCAUGAUGAAUUGGUUUUCGAACUUAUCAAGCCAAUAACCGUCUUCAGCUCCGAAACCGCCCAGCCAUGCUGCGAAGUGGACCGUGUGUCCACGGCCAACUCUAAGUUGAUUAGGACCAUUAGUAGCCGUGUUUUGAGCAAGGCUAUUCCUGCGCGCAUCUUUAUUACGCUUCGCCGGUGGUCGGGGACGCCUAUGUCUUCCGAUAGGAUCUCCCCAAGUUUUCGUGUCAGCGAGCUGGUGGUCUCCAUGGUCCCAUCAGACACGUUUCCGCUAGUCCGGCCUGGCGAGAACUCCCAGCAUCCAAAGCCUACACAUGCUGUACGAAAGCGAGUUCGCUAUGUCGAUGAGGAUGGAGACGAGAAGCCAGAGUAUCUGACUCAGCAACAAAGCACAGUCGUUCUGAACCUCCGCAAUACGUAG